CUCCUCCUCAUAUUUCAUUUUCAUAUAUAAUUUAAGCUAAAAUUUCCAUUUCCUCUCUCUCUGUCUCUAACAAACCUUCUCUAUUCAUAACUGCAACUGAAAAAAUAUAUUGGUUCCAUAUAUAUUCACACUUCUUUCUUUCAAUUCUCUGUAAAACUAGCUAAUUUCGCAUCUGGGUUUUUGUUCUUGAAGCUUUUGAUCUUACUAUAAGCUUUUUAUUGAAAUGUUGUUUAUUUUAUGCGUUUUAAAUUUAUUUUUCUUGUUCUUUUUGGGCUUUGUUAAUGGACUUUGUAUCUUAUGUAACUAGAUCGGAAAAAUGUAUGAAGAGACGGAUUGUUUUGAUCCAAACUCCAUGGUAGAAGGACCUGAAGGUGGGCUUUGUCAAGUUUUGCAACCACCACUACCACCGCCGCCGCUUAUGGCGGGUAGUAGUACUACAAACAGCCAUAAUAGCCUUGAAGAAAAUCUUAAGCUAUCUGCUGAUGAACUUUGUCACCAUAGCUUCAACAAUCCACAUCUAGAAGAGGAUGCUUCUGCUGCUGUAAUGGAAAUCCAACUUCAAAUCCAACAAAUGGAUUUGAAUGCCCAUUUAAUGCAUGAAUCAUCAAAUUAUUUGGCUUUUACAUCAUCAUCUUCUUUACCAGAUUCAGCAUAUACUCCAACACCAGACCUGCGUAACCUUUUUCGCUUACCCAGAUCUUCCUUGCUUCCAAAUUCUUCAAUUUCUUUCACAAACCCUAACCAUACAACUCCAUUAAGUUUUGUUGGAGAUCUUCCAAUGACAGACACAGCUUCUGCCUCUUCUAUUCUCUAUGACCCACUUUUUCACCUUAAUCUUCCUCCACAACCUCCUUUAUUUAGGGAUUUGUUUCAAUCCUUGCCUCCACACGGCUAUUCCUUGCCUGGGUCAAGAGGCAGUUCUUUGUUUGGUGGUGUAGGGGAUGAUCAUGUAGAGGGAAGUGGAGGAGUGAAUCUUUAUCAAGAAGGAGAUGGAGAGCAGCAGUUUGAUAAUGGGGUUUUGGAUUUUACAUGGGAUAUGGCUUGUAUGGGUAACGGUAGACAAGGUGGAAAUAUCAAACACUUUGCUACUGAGCGUCAAAGGAGACAACACAUUAAAGAUAAGUAUGAUGACUUGAGAAAUUUGGUCCCUAACCCUUCUAAGAAUGAUAGAGCCUCUGUGGUUGGAGAUGCAAUUAAUUACAUCAAAGAACUUCUUAGAACUGUAAAUGAGCUGAAAAUUCUGGUGGAGAAAAAGAGAUGUGCUAGAGAGAGGGGAAAGAGACAAAAGAUUGAAGAAGAUUCCAUUGGCAAUGUUCAUGAGAGCAAGAUUGUUGAUGACCCAGAUCAGUCUUUCAAUAAUGGGUCAUUAAGGAGCUUUUGGCUUCAAAGAAAAUCCAAAGACACAGAGGUAGAUGUUAGAAUAAUAGAUGAUGAAGUUACUAUUAAACUUGUUCAAAGAAAGAAGAUCAAUUGCUUGCUGUUUGUAUCCAAAGUUCUUGAUGAACUUCAACUGGAUCUUCAUCAUGUUGCUGGUGGACAUGUUGGUGAUUACUACAGCUUCUUGUUUAACUCCAAGAUAUAUGAAGGAUCUUCAGUUUAUGCUAGUGCAAUAGCAAACAAGUUGAUUGAGGUGGUGGACAGGCAGUAUGCAUCAACUCCAUCUACAAGCUGCUAUUAGCAGGUCAAGAAGUUGGGUAGGUGAAAAAUGAGGUAUAGGUUAUGAAGUGGUUAAUAAGAGUAGAUGUAAUGUUUGAGAAUUGGAGACAAUUAAUCAGUAAGUUGUAAAAGAUAAUGUACUUCUUCUUAGAGAAACUAAUUGCUUUUGAUUACAUUUUAGCCAAA